GCAUAAAUUUUAUCGGGGAAAGGGGAGAAGGAAAAAAAUUCAACAAAGGUACGGAGGCGCAUCCAGACGCACGCUCCGAAAACCUACAAACGAACGGUAGCCGUGCAGCUGUUCUUUCCGAAGGUUUUAGUGCCCGCCGCCGUCGCCGGUUUGCUGAGCUCGCCCUCGUUCUCCUAUAGCUUAUGGCUGAUCUUGAUCAAAGUCUUGGUGAACACGAUAUUGAUGGAAUACCCGAGAACUCGCAACCUGAACAAAGACAAGAACAUGAAGAUGAUUUAAUCACUGCAGCUAGUGAGAAAAGGUGGCCUGGGUGGCCUGGAGAGAGUGUUUUCCGAAUGUUGGUACCUGUGCAAAAGGUUGGUAGUAUCAUUGGACGCAAAGGAGAAUACAUAAAGAAAAUGUGUGAAGAGACAAGAGCCCGCAUUAAAAUUCUUGACGGUCCUCCAGGAACAACAGAACGAGCUGUUAUGGUAUCUGCCAAGGAGGAGCCUGAUGCUUCUCUUCCCCCAGCUGUAGAUGGCCUGCUCAGGGUUCAUAAGCGUGUUGUGGAUGGGUUGGAGGGUGGUGGUUCUAAUGCUCCUCCUGUUGCUGGAGGCAAGGUUUCAACUAGGCUACUGGUGGCAGCUGCUCAAGCAGGAAGUUUAAUUGGAAAACAAGGAGCCACUGUCAAAUCUAUUCAAGAAGCAUCUAGUUGCAUUGUUAGAAUCCUUGAAGACCUGCCCAUUUUUGCUCUUCAAGAUGAUAGGAUUGUUGAGAUAGUAGGAGAGCCUGCAGGAGUACACAAGGCAGUUGAACUAAUUGCUUCUCACUUGAAGAAAUUUUUAGUUGAUCGAAGUAUUAUUCCUUUGUUUGAAAUGCAAAUGCAAAUGCCAAAUCCUCAGAUGGAACACAUGCCUCCACCCCAAUCAUGGGGUCCACCGCCUCAGGCUUUUCCUCCAAAUGCUGGUGGAGGACCUGGUUAUGGAGCUAAUACCCAUUACAUGCCACCUCAAAGGCCAAUGGACAAUUAUUAUCCACCACCUGAUAUGCCACCUCCACUAGGAAAGCAGCCUCAUCAGGGUAUAUCUGCGUAUGGAAGAGAAGCUCCGUUGAAUAUGCACUCAUCAUCAAAUGCUCAGCCAGCACCUUCAAUGAUAACACAGGUCACACAGCAAAUGCAGAUUCCGUUAUCUUAUGCUGAUGCUGUAAUUGGUACAGCUGGUGCAAGCAUAAGCUAUAUUAGACGGGCUAGUGGAGCAACUGUUACCAUACAAGAAACAAGGGAUGUUCCUGGCGAAAUGACAGUUGAAAUCAAUGGAACUGCUUCACAAGUCCAAACGGCUCAGCAAUUGAUUCAGAAUUUCAUGGCUGAUGCAGCAGCUGCUGCAGCUAACCCAACAGGUGUGCCGCCCUCUGACCAAGGCUAUAACCCUUAUGCACAAGGCUCAAUGUAUCAGUCACCACCUUCUAAUGCCGGACUUGGAGGCCAAACCGGAGGCUACGGUUCAGCCUAUGGCUCCAAUUACGGUUAUUAAUAUGGCUGGAGCAGUGCAGUUCCCAUUUGACAACUGGUUCUCCUUCUGAUGUGCCAUUAUUUGGAGUGGAGUCAUCUCAUAAAUAAUGCCUACCCAUUUAGGACAAUUUGUAGCAUUGUGCCAAACAUCUUAUUAGGUUCAUUCGGACCUAUUUAUAGUUAGGCUGGUUGUGUGCAUUAGCUUAACCUUAUGGUGAAGCCAAUCAAUAUAUUGUACUUGUACGAGAGUAUCAGCUUUCUCUGAAUUGUUUAGACCUAAAAUUUUAGUUUCCAUAUUCCUUUUUACUUGAGUUAAUAUGUACUGAAGUUGAGUUAUCA